AUGCCGUCGAAGCGCAUGGUCAAGAAGCAGCUCAGCACGGUGGAGCCGUCGGCCCACCGGCUGCCAUGCCUGGUCAUGUGGGGCAUAACGGUGCUCACCGCCCUCAUCAUGGCCAUCCUGAACUUUAUGACGAUCUGGCUCGUCAGAUUCCUCGUGGAGUGGAAGUUCGACACCAUGCAGGCCGUGGUGGACUCCGCGGGCGUGACCAUGGGUGUGCUGGCCCUGGUGGCCAUCUGCUCCGGCUUCGCGACGCUGGCCACGUGCCUCAUCCACUGCACGUCGCCCAGCGCAGGCGGCUCCGGGGCCCCGGAGAACAAGGGCUGGCUGAACGGCAGCAAGCUGCCGGGCUUCUUUACCCUGCAGAACCUGCUGGUGCGCGCCUGCGCCGUGCUCCUGGCCAACGCCUCCGGCUACCCGGUCGGGCGCGAGGGCCCCUCGGUCACGAUGGGCAGCAACGUGGCCUUCCUCGUGACCCGCGCGCUGGCGCUGCCGUGGGUGCGGCAGUGGGUAGACCUGGACACCAACAGGCCCGCACUGGUCGUGGACGAGGACCGGCUGGCGCACGCGCAGCGCGUGGCGGGCGCCGUCGGCGGCGCUUGCGCCAUGGCGAUGAUCUUCGACGCGCCUAUAGGAGGUGUGCUCUACAUGUUCGAAGAGAUAACAGUAGCAUCCUGGCCAGUGGAGCUGACCUUCCGCGCCUUCGUGGGCACCAUGAUCUGCACCAUGCUGUCGUACUUCCUGCUGGACCUGUGCGGCACCAGCAUUAGGGCGUUCGUGCUGUACGACUGGAACCCAGAGUCGAACUCCUGGACCUGGGCGGACGUCCCCUUCUUCGUCCUGGUGGCCGCCAUCCUCGGCCCCUUCAGCGCCCUGCACACGAAGCUGGCGCUGGACGUGGGGGCCCUGAGGCAGCGCGUUCACGGCCACCUGGCGCGGUACCAGCCCUACGCCAAGAUGAUCGAGGCCGUGCUCUUCGCCGCCUUCUGCGCGCUGGUGUGUGCGUUGGUGUCCUGGCUGGCCUACUGCGACACCGAGUACACGGAACAACCCUUCGUCUCGAAGAGCUACGUUCGCUUUCGAUGCGAGGAGGGCGCCUACAACCCAGUCGCGUCCCUGCUGCUCACGACGUCGGAGGGCGCGGUCAGGCGUCUUUUCUCCCGCAAGAACAGCGGGGACAUCUACGCCAACAACACUUUCUUGGCGUUCUUGGCGUACACCUUCCUCAACGUGUCGCUCACCGGGAUCCCCGUGCCCUCGGGCAACUUCACCGGCACCAUGUUGAUAGGCGGCCUCGUCGGGCGCUUCGUGGGGUCCGUCUCGCAGGGCACCGGCCUGAACCUUGCGGUCCCUGGCGUCUAUGCAAUGGUGGGCAGCGCGGCAAUGCUCUCGGGAUUCAAGCAGAUAUCGAUGGGCGUGGUCGUUUUCAUAGUGGAGGCGGCGAACGACCUCAGCUUGACCCCGCCAUUGAUGCUGAGCGUGACCAUCUCCUUGCUUCUCAAUAGGAUGUUCCUCAAGAAUGGCUUCGACGAGGAGCAGAUCCUUCGCAAGAACAUCCCCUUCCUACCCCUCGAGCUGCCGCUGCGCAUGGAGCGCAAGAUCGCCGCCGAGCUGUGCGAUGCGCUGCCUCCCGAGGCACUGCUGCCCCCGGAGGCGCCUCUGUGGGCCGUGCACCGGGCACUAGAGCAGAAGGACGUCAUGGACUUCCCCAUCCUGAACGCAGUCGAUGCCAAGAAGAUUUGCGUGGGCUUCACCACCCGUGACCGCUUGGAGGCCGCCCUGAAUUCCAGCGAGAAGAAAUCAAGGAGCCGAGCGAUGACGGAGCCCACGGGCGCGAGCGGCGGCAACCAGAGGCAGAUGCGGAGGGCCCUGACCCACCAGGAUGCCGAGGCCGGCGUGCUGGACCGCGCGAGGCUGCCCGUGGCGAGACUAGCCGAUCCCGUGCCGUACAUGAUCUUAGAGGACACCCCCGCCUCGCUGUUCUACGCGCUGUUCACGAAGGCGCGUGCCAGCGUGGCGUGCGUGGUGAGCGACAGCGGCGAGUUCCGGGGCGUGAUCUCGCGGCUGGGUCUCAUCGGCGCCGUGAGGAGAAUCGAGGAGGCCGAGGACAGCGAAUCGGACAUCGAGGACCAGUCCUUCGCCACCAACACCUGA